AUGACAGACCUCAUCAAUCUGUCAGCAAGAUACGUCAUCAAAACUGAACAGUUCGGGUCAGAAAACGCGCUCGCAUCCACCCCAGACAAUGACACCCUCGUUCUAGAGUCCAUCUCAAGUGACACGACUCAGAGUCAGCUAUGGUACUUCGAAGAGACCGAACUUGACGACUACUACCGCCUGCACACCGAAGACAAAGGCAACGGCAACUCUCUCAGCACGUAUAAUUACGAAGGAAGCCAGACAACAGAUUUGCGUUUCCGCGCCAACGAAAACAUAGAUGCACAGUACUGGCGACUGGAAGUACAAGGCGACGGAAGUGUCAAAGUCAGCAAUAGCCGCGCCGGCUCAGAGAGUUAUCUCGAUGUCGAAGAUGGGAGCCUGAAGCCAUUUCUCGCGCAAGGAGAUUCGGGCAAUGGGGAAUGGACACUUAGCACUUUUGGCGCUGCUGCGGCUACACCCACUCCUACCGUCUCCACCUCCUCUGAUGCUACGACCACACCGGCCGCAACGCCGUCUUGCACGUCAGAAUGCACAGUAACUACGGAUGUUGCUACCACCGAUGGUUCAAAGUCUUCCGCGCUGAAUAAGGGAGCAAUAAUAGGCAUCGCGGUCGGUGGUGCAGCAGGGCUUUUGGCAAUUAUAGGAAUUGCGGUUUGGCUGUGGAGGCGACGAAGGCGAGGACCGUCUCGUCCACGGAGUGUUCCCAUGAGACAAGGCCACAUACUUGGUUGA